CAUUUAUUUGUUUGUUAAUAUAUAUCUUGAUUGUUUAAUGUUGCAGAAAGUUGUAAUAAUGAGGUUGAAGGUUGACCUUCAGUGUGAGAAGUGCUACAGGAAAGUGAAGAGUGUGCUGUGUAAAUUCCCUCAAAUACAAGACCAGGUGUAUGACGAGAAGCAGAACACAGUGACGAUCAAAGUGGUGUGCUGUAGUCCUGAGAAGAUCAAGCAAAAGAUUUGCUGCAAAGGUGGUGAUUCGAUCAAGAGUAUUGAAAUUGUACCUCCACCCAAGCCUAAAGAACCGGAGAAACCAAAAGAACCCGCCAAGCCUAAAGAACUUGAAAAGCCUAAAGAACCGGAGAAGCCAAAAGAACCUCCAAAGCCGAAAGAACCUGAAAAGUGUAAACCGGCACCGGCACCGGCACCCCCACCAGCACCAGCACCAGCGCCUGCACCGACACCCCCACCAGCACCAUCGCCCGCACCCCCACCCCCACCAGCACCCCCGCACCCGGCACCGUGCUUCCCACGAAACCUGGGUGCAACGUGUUGCAGGGAAUGCUACGAGGGGCGUGGAGGGGGGCCAUGUUACCAACUAGGUAACUAUGGACCGCCAAGAUAUUAUGACGGAUAUUGCGGGAGGCCAGUGUAUGAUAGCUGGGGUGGAGGUCGUGGUGGCGGUGGCUAUUGUUACAAAAUUAAUAGAUGUGAUUACUUUUGCGAAGAGAAUCCUAAUGCAGCUUGCAUAAUUUGUCGUUGUCUUUGA